CCAUGUGAAAGGGCGGGUGCUGGCGUCCAUGUCUGACGGGACAGUUGCCAUCUUUCACAGAGCUGCAGAUGGUCAGUGGGACCUUGUCAACUUCCACUUGAUUGUCCUUGGCCAACCCAAGCAGUCAAUCCGCUGUAUGACAGUCGUGGGUGGACGCCGUGUCUGGUGUGGCUACAAAAACAAAAUCCACAUUGUCUGUCCACUGUCUAUGAUGAUACAGAAAACUUUCGAUGCUCACCCGCGGAAGGAGAGCCUAGUGAGACAGAUGUGCUGGCUGGGGAACGGGGUGUGGGUGUCCAUCCGCCUCGACAGCACCCUGCGCCUUUACCACGCCUACACCCAGCAACACCUGCAGGACGUGGAUGUCGAGCCCUAUGUCAGUAAGAUGUUGGGUUCUGGAAAGCUGGGCUUCUCGUUUGUUCGGGUGACAGCCAUGUUGAUCUCCUGCAGUCGCCUGUGGGUUGGGACAGCCAAUGGAGUCAUCAUGUCCAUCCCAUUAACUGAGAACAACAAGCAGCCCAUGAUUGCCACAUCCACCAGCAUGGAUGGCCCCUCUGGAAGUCGACCCGGUGGCGUAGUUCGGGUCUACAGUGACUCCAGCAUAGAGAGUUCAGCCUCAAACACACUGAUCCCCUACUGCUCCAUGGCCCAAGCUCAGCUCUCCUUCCAUGGACACAAAGAUGCUGUCAAGUUCUUUGUGUCAGUACCAG